AUGGCUCUGUCUCAAUCAACAACAACGGUCAAGAUUCUCGGCGAAGGACAGACCCGGGAGUGCGACGCCCAGCUCGCAACUCGCCAACUUCGCAUUCAAGUCCACAAUCUGGGAGAAGCACUCGAGGAAAGUCUUCUGGAGCACUCGAAGCAAUCUCAGUCGGAACUUCGCCCACCAAUGUCCAUUCCAAGCGGAAAAUAUCCGAGCAUCAAAACACGCAAUCGCAAAAGUCUAGCCUCCAUCGCCUAUCGGUGGCAGAGAAAAGAAAGUUAUUCGAAGAACCCGGUAGUUCUAGCUACGAUUGUUCAAACCAAUAUCCAAGUCGAACACAUGGCACUCACUACCAGGAACGGGUAUAGAGCAUACACUUCCGAAGGAUCAGCAAACGUUGGUAAGGACGGACCUAUCCCCAAGCACGGUGCCAGCCCAAGAUUACGAUCCAGGGCCUCAAUCCGGGUUCGAUAUCAAAUCCUCGGGUCGAAUGUGGAAGGUUACAGGGAAAGCCCGGCUGGGCGCAGGUUAGGAACCCUCGAAGCACCCGAAGCAUGUGUCAACUAUUUCGGCUCGUGA